AUGGCGGCCCCCGGGAACCUCCGGGGCCCGGUCCUAAAAGAUGUUGUGGCCUAUGUUGAAGUGUGGUCAGCCAAUGGGACAGAAAAUUACUCCAAGACCUUUAGGAGUCAACUUGUGGAUUUGGGGGCGAAGGUUUCAAAAACUUUUAACAAACAAGUAACUCAUGUGGUGUUCAAAGACGGGUACCAGAGCACCUGGGAAAAAGCACAGAAGAGAGGCGUGAAGCUCGUCUCAGUGCUUUGGGUUGAAAAAUGCAGGGUAGCUGGGGCGCACAUUGACGAGUCGCUGUUCCCUGCAGCCAGCACCAACCAGCACCUACCAGGCCUGCUUAGAAAAAAGCGCAAGUGUAUGCAGCCCAAAGAUUUUAUUCCCAAGACACCAGAAAAUGAUAAAAGGCUUCAAAAGAAAUUUGAGAAAAUGGCUAAAGAGCUGCAGCAGCAGAAAACCACUCUGGGUACCAAUGUUCCUGUCCUCUUAUUUGAAUCUAAUGGCUCGUUGGUAUACAGCCCGACCGGUAAAGUCUACAGGGGCUACCACAGUGCAAUGAAGAAGAGGCUGCAGGAGAUGAAGAAGAAACGGGAAAACCUUUCCCCCACCUCCUCCCAGAUGAUUGAACAGCCUGGUGAUAACACUGUGAACUCUCUGUGUGAAGCAUCUUUGAACCUUUCACAUGAUACUUUGUGUUCAGAUAACUCUUCUGCCGGUGGUCUGCCCAUGUCUGCUGACGAUCCUUGUGGAGGCUCUGCAAGUGGGACCCGGGAGAGGAAAUGGAGCGAGUUCAUCACUGAGAGGGAAAGUGAUCUGUGCGCUGCGUCGCCGGUGUUGCAGACAGGCCGUGGCAGCCCCUCAGCAGCUCCCCGUCCCCUGGGUCUCUGGACUCCUCCCAGAUCCACCAGCAGUCCUCCCAAGGCCGAGACCCCCCAGCAGAGCAGGGCUGCAGGUGGGGUUGUCAGCCCCGUCUUGAAGCCAUCGCGGCCGGCGGCCCAGGGGCUGUCUGACGGGAAGAGGCGUUUGUCUCCCGUGUCCUCUGCUACGAAAGGCCGCCCCGAGGGCCGUGCACAAGCCCUGGGCUCCUCCAUCAAGAGGAGGAAGACCCUGGAGAACUGGCCAGCCUCAGAGGAGGGGCGGAACAGGAGGCGGUCCCUCCGGCAGCGCCCUGUAGCCUGCCUGCGGCUGUGGGAGGCGGAGAGCGGCCUGUGUUGUGUGCGGAGGCCCGCUGUCAAGAGUCUGGCCCUCGAGGAGUCCUCGUACGAUGAUUACUUUUCUCCUGACAAUCUCAAGGAGAGGGUCUCGGAGGGGCUUCUUGGGGAGCAGCUGCCCUCCAGCCCCCCUCCGCUCCGAGGCCAGAGGAGCCUUUCCAAGACCGAGAGGACCAACCUCCUGGACAGGGCUGACCUCUCCCUCAUCGGCAGAGGCCCCAGACCCGCCGUCGGCACCUGCUCCACGGCGAAGCCCGGCCCCUGCCUGGAGAGGCCUGUGCUCUCCGGGGCAGACGCGGGGCUGGGCAGCGAGACCUCGGGGGGCAUGCCUGCUGCUGACAGGACCCCCGGGCCCUGUGCCCAGGCCGAGGCCCAGGGUCUGGGCGAUGCCCGCCCCGCUGGGGGUGACGUUCCGCACGCCCCCAGCGGACUCGUCCCCCAGACGGGACCACAGGGAGACACCAGCCCUCUGAAAGGAAGCAGGGAGAAGAGGAAAGAAUGCACUGACACCCAGAGCAUGCAGGAAGAAGGCCCUUCUCUCGAAAUGACGGAGUCUCCUGAAGUGCACAGUGAGGGUGAACUGAACUCUGUAGGUGACUGUGCUGAGGAAGGAUCCACGGAGAGGAAAGCGCCAGCCCAAGGAAGUAGAGAAAGUGUGAAAAGCGGAGCAACAAAACACAGUGUUGUGGCCGGCUCACAGAAAGGCUGCCAGGACCUCUGCAGACCGCGGGAGGAGUCCAGGAAGAGGGGGAGAGGCCAGAAGCCAACAAGAACAUUAGUCAUGACAAGCAUGCCAUCUGAAAAGUACAGCGUGGUGAUCCAGGUCGUGAACAGACUGAAGGGCUUCUCGGUGGCGCGGGAGGUGUGCGGCAGCACCACGCACGUGCUGGCCGGGAGGCCGCGCCGCACCCUGAGCGUGCUGCUGGGCAUGGCGCGCGGCUGCUGGAUCCUGUCCUUCGAGUGGGUAUUGUGGUCUUUGGAAAUGGGUCACUGGAUUUCCGAGGAACCAUUUGAACUGUCUACCUACUUCCCUGCAGCUCCUGUAAGUCACACAUUAUUUUAUGAUGAUAAGUGCAAUUUGGUAUUUUCAGGAAAUUAUUAUUGGCAUCGAUAUGUACUCAGGUUUUUAAAAUUAAAUCAAUAG